AUGAAAGCGAAAUGCGGUGGUAUACUUCACUGCAUUUCCACUGUCAGCGUACCGGGUUAUGCUGGGGGCCUCUCCGCAUCACUACCAGGUGGCGGGGGAGCAGCCUGGGAGCGACUUGGUGCUGAACUUCUGCUGUCAGGGCUGGUCGCAGCUGCGUAUUUCGCUGCUAUGGAACGGAGGUGGACGGGUACAGCACCAGCUCUGCUUGGGGCUGCAUAUUGUGCUGCUAGCUUUGUUUCUAUGCCAUCUCUAAAUCCAGCCAGAUCUUUGGGGCCGUCGUUUGUUUUGUCUCGCUGGGACAGCCACUGGGUCUGCUGGGUGGGUGGGCUCGGCGGUGGUAUAGCAAGCGCUCUUCUCCACGAAUGGGCGUCUCGAAGACCAAGAGCCAACUCCAACUCCAGAGCAUCGUCACCGAGAGACCUGGAUGAAUUGGACAAGCCAGCGUUCCCAUCGCACCACCACUACAGACAUGCUUCUACAUAUUGUUCAGCGAACCCACGGCCAGAUAACACGGAACCCCUGUAUUCUGGCUCCAAGUCCUUGUACUGCAGAUCACCGCCACCUGCAAGGCACACACUGCACAGGUCUCAAUCAGUGUACAGCAAGAGUAGCGCAUCAGCGGCUGCUGGGUCGCUGGUUGCAGCACAGUCGUUGCUGCUGCGACCACCCACCCAUACCGUCACCAUGAACCAGAACGUCCACAACGCACAACGCGAACCUCCGUAUGGAACGAAUGUCAAUGUACGACCGGGCCCUGCUGGAGCUGCUGUGCAAGAGCGUCGCGAGUCCGUUUACAGCUCUGGCACGCGUCGUGGACCACUAUCUUCAGAGGACAGUGCAUACGGUAGCUAUGCACCACAACAGACAAUGACCCACACUCAACACGCCAGGGCCUUCCGAGCCCCGCUACACCAACCGGAGCAUUACUAG